AUGGCGGACGUAGAGAUGACCGACGCGGCACCAAAGGCGAAGAAGGUGGGCCCAAGCGGGGGCGAUACUGAGGGCAAGAAGAAGUUUGAGGUCAAGAAGGUAUAAACAUACUGUCGUAUAAGAGUCUUGGGGUGAACACAUGUUAAUUUAGAGGAUAGUGGAACGCCGUCGCGCUCUGGGCCUGGGACAUUGUCGUUGACAACUGCGCCAUCUGCCGCAACCACAUCAUGGACUUGUGCAUCGACUGUCAGGCGAAUCAAGCAUCAGCUACGAGCGAGGAAUGCACUGUGGCAUGGGGUAUCUGCAACGUACGUAUACGAACACAUGCACGAGCUUGAGGCAAUGAACUGACAGACAUGCGAUAGCACGCCUUCCACUUUCACUGCAUCUCCCGAUGGCUCAAGACACGACAGGUCUGCCCGCUCGACAACCGCGAUUGGGAGUUCCAGAAGUAUGGUCGUUGA